AGAAAGGUGCUUGGAAUAGGACCUCCAGAUUUUCCUUCUCGAGCCUUUAGUCCCUGUGGUGAUCCGUGUGAGCAGUUUGUUGCUGGUUUUCUUCAGUUUCUUCUGCUGGGGUCUCCUUUCAUUUCUAAUUGCUCAAGACUGAAGACUCAAAAAUGAGCCUAGCCCAGCUAGAGAACCUGUGCAAGCAGCUGUAUGAAACUACAGACACCACAACACGGCUCCAGGCAGAGAAAGCCUUGGUCGAGUUCACCAACAGUCCGGAUUGCCUGAGCAAGUGCCAGCUUCUCCUUGAAAGAGGGAGUUCCUCCUACUCCCAGUUAUUGGCAGCUACAUGCCUUACAAAACUUGUGUCACGCACAAACAACCCUUUGCCAUUGGAACAGCGAAUAGACAUUCGGAACUAUGUGCUGAACUACCUUGCCACCCGGCCAAAGUUGGCAACUUUUGUAACACAAGCACUAAUUCAGUUAUACGCCAGGAUCACAAAGUUGGGCUGGUUCGACUGUCAGAAGGAUGAGUAUGUCUUCAGAAAUGUGAUCACAGAUGUCACAAGGUUUUUACAGGAUAGCGUAGAACACUGCAUCAUAGGAGUGACAAUCCUGUCUCAGCUAACUAAUGAAAUUAAUCAAGUAAGUGCUACAGCCUUCCUCAGUGAAGCGGACACUACCCACCCUCUGACCAAGCACAGGAAAAUAGCCUCUUCAUUCCGAGAUUCGUCUUUAUUUGAUAUCUUCACGCUCUCGUGCAACUUAUUGAAACAGGCUUCGGGGAAGAACUUGAACUUGAAUGAUGAGAGCCAGCAUGGCCUGCUCAUGCAGCUUCUCAAGCUCACACACAAUUGUCUGAACUUUGAUUUCAUCGGCACGUCAACAGAUGAGUCCUCAGAUGAUCUCUGCACAGUGCAGAUCCCGACUAGCUGGAGAUCAGCCUUCUUAGAUUCUUCAACCCUGCAGCUGUUUUUUGACCUGUAUCAUUCCAUCCCUCCUUCAUUUUCUCCUCUGGUUUUAUCCUGCUUAGUGCAGAUAGCUUCUGUACGCAGAUCCCUCUUUAACAACGCAGAGAGGGCCAAGUUCCUGUCUCAUCUUGUUGAUGGUGUUAAACGAAUACUGGAGAACCCACAGAGUCUGUCAGACCCAAACAACUACCAUGAAUUCUGCCGACUGCUGGCCCGAUUGAAAAGCAACUAUCAGCUGGGAGAGCUAGUGAAAGUGGAAAAUUACCCUGAAGUCAUCCGACUCAUUGCCAACUUCACCGUGACCAGCCUACAGCACUGGGAGUUUGCGCCAAACAGCGUUCACUAUCUCCUGAGCCUGUGGCAAAGGCUGGCAGCCUCAGUCCCGUACGUUAAAGCCACAGAACCUCACAUGCUAGAAACGUAUACGCCGGAGGUCACAAAAGCUUACAUCACAUCCAGGCUCGAGUCUGUGCACAUCAUCCUGAGAGAUGGGCUGGAAGACCCUCUAGAUGACACUGGCCUUGUACAACAGCAGCUAGAUCAGCUGUCCACCAUCGGGCGGUGUGAGUAUGAGAAAACCUGUGCUCUGCUUGUGCAGCUCUUUGACCAGUCAGCCCAGUCUUACCAGGAGCUCCUUCAGAGUGCCACCGCCAGCCCCAUGGAUGUUGCAGUGCAGGAAGGGCGUCUUACGUGGCUUGUCUACAUCAUCGGGGCAGUGAUCGGUGGUAGGGUUUCCUUCGCCAGUACAGAUGAGCAGGAUGCGAUGGAUGGCGAGUUGGUUUGUCGGGUGCUUCAGUUGAUGAACCUGACAGACUCCCGCCUAGCUCAGGCUGGCAACGAGAAAUUGGAGCUGGCCAUGCUGAGCUUCUUUGAGCAGUUCCGAAAGAUCUACAUUGGAGACCAGGUGCAGAAGUCCUCCAAGCUGUACCGCCGUCUCUCUGAGGUCCUCGGAUUGAAUGACGAGACCAUGGUCCUGAGUGUCUUCAUAGGAAAAAUCAUCACCAACCUGAAGUACUGGGGUCGGUGUGAACCCAUCACCUCCAAGACGCUGCAGCUUCUCAAUGACCUCUCCAUUGGAUACAGUAGCGUUAGGAAAUUGGUGAAACUGAGCGCAGUACAGUUCAUGCUGAACAAUCACACGAGUGAGCACUUUUCAUUCCUGGGCAUUAACAAUCAGUCCAACCUGACUGACAUGAGAUGUCGGACUACUUUCUACACUGCACUUGGGCGCCUUCUCAUGGUGGAUUUAGGGGAAGAUGAGGAUCAGUAUGAACAAUUCAUGCUGCCCCUGACGGCUGCAUUUGAAGCCGUGGCACAGAUGUUCAGCACCAACACUUUCAAUGAGCAAGAGGCAAAGAGAACCUUGGUUGGCCUUGUACGAGACCUACGGGGAAUAGCCUUUGCCUUCAAUGCCAAGACCAGCUUCAUGAUGCUGUUUGAGUGGAUCUACCCUUCCUACAUGCCAAUCCUCCAGCGAGCAAUUGAGCUGUGGUACCAUGACCCAGCCUGCACUACCCCUGUGCUCAAACUGAUGGCAGAGUUGGUGCAUAACAGAUCCCAAAGGUUGCAGUUUGACGUGUCCUCCCCAAAUGGCAUCCUGCUUUUUCGGGAAACGAGUAAAAUGAUAACUACGUAUGGAAAUCGUAUCCUCACGCUUGGGGAGGUCCCAAAGGACCAGGUGUAUGCCCUGAAGCUGAAGGGCAUUUCCAUAUGCUUCUCAAUGCUGAAAGCUGCGCUCAGCGGGAGCUACGUCAACUUUGGUGUCUUCCGGCUUUACGGGGACGAUGCACUCGACAAUGCCUUGCAAACCUUUAUCAAGCUCCUGCUCUCCAUCCCGCAUAGCGACCUCCUGGAUUACCCCAAACUCAGCCAGUCCUACUAUUCCCUACUGGAAGUUCUCACCCAGGACCACAUGAACUUCAUAGCCAGCCUGGAGCCCCACGUAAUCAUGUAUAUUCUCUCUUCCAUUUCCGAAGGUCUCACUGCACUAGACACCAUGGUUUGCACAGGCUGCUGCUCCUGUUUGGACCACAUUGUCACCUAUCUCUUCAAGCAGCUAUCCCGCAGCACCAAGAAGAGGACCACCCCCCUGACCCAGGAGAGCGACCGGUUCCUGCACAUCAUGCAGCAGCACCCGGAGAUGAUUCAGCAGAUGCUGUCAACAGUGCUGAACAUCAUCAUCUUUGAGGACUGCAGGAACCAGUGGUCCAUGUCCCGACCUCUACUUGGCUUGAUACUUCUCAAUGAAAAGUACUUCUCAGACUUGAGGAACAGCAUAGUGAACAGCCAGCCCCCGGAGAAGCAGCAGGCCAUGCACCUCUGCUUCGAGAACCUCAUGGAAGGCAUUGAACGCAACCUGCUAACCAAGAACAGAGACAGGUUCACCCAGAACCUGUCGGCAUUCAGGCGGGAGGUAAACGACUCUAUGAAGAAUUCCACCUACGGCGUGAACAGCAACGACAUGAUGAGCUGACGUCUCGCACCAUCACCUGUACAGAGCAGCAUCUCUUUGGCCUGGACCAGAGGGGUUACCGUUUCCGAUGGAAAGAAAAGAGGGCGUUUCUGAUCCCUGCUCUUCCCUCGGGUUGGACUGCGGCGCUCAAGCUCAGCCGUACUCCACGUCCAAGGGAGGAGGGAACAGGAGGGGGGUGUUCAACUCGCCAGGGCAGGGUGCUUCCGUUUCCUUGGGAGGGGUGGAGGGGGCAUGACCCGGGUGCGAGAAUCCAGCGUCUCCCUACCAGAACGUCUGCGUGGAACCCUAGCGCUCUGCUGCAGCCUGCCUUGUAUAAACAUGUACAUUUUUUCAUAACAUUUUGAACAAGGUUUAUAUUGAUUCAAGUUUAAAAAAAAAAAAAAAAAAAAAUAAGCGUGACUGAAAUUUUUACGGAGUCUAGUGCACCAAUGCUGCCGUGAGGGUUGCGUAUGCGAGUGAGGAAGAUGCGUCUCCUGCUGGCUUGAAGCUUUACUUGGGUGAGGGGGUGUGAAAGUGCAGAGAUAUAUUUAGUGACACGUGUAGAGAGAAACAAAAACCACAAAUGGCGGGGAAAAAAAAAGAGAGAGAAAAUGUAAAAUUCCAAAUGUAUAUUUUUUUUUUCUUAUAAGCCCCUUAAAAAUCACGACUUCCUGUUACUGUCUCACCCUUGUUAUUAGGAACUCGAAGCCAUGCUGCGUGAUCAUUCAUCUGUGCUAGCUUGUGGGUGUCUCCUCCCCCAGUGUAAUGGUAGAUGCUGUUCCCAUUGUCAGUCAGCUUCUGGUAGGGCCUUCGCCACCCAGCGUUGGUGCAUUUGGCGAGUUGUUUCUUUCAGUAAGGGAUCCUUCUCCCCACCCCCAUCUGGCCCCACCCUGGGAGGAGCACUGCAGUGAGGCUGUCUCACCUACCUGCCAACUCUUCUUCUUUCCUUGGUUUUCUUUCUUUCCGCCCCCACCUCACAACCUCUGUCAAGCAGAAAGCGUGUGGAACAGAUUGAAGGCCUUGGGCUGAGCUUUUCCUAUGCCUUGCCAGUGCAAGACCUGCACAGCCUUCCCGCGGGGUGCCACGUGUCCAUUUUCAGACACGCAUGUGCUCGGGAGCAUGAUGCAGCCAGGGUCUUGGAGGGGGGUUUGUAUUGAAUUUACCACCGUGGAGGGUUCUUAAUAACAAGGUCUGCCUAGCAUGAGUUAUUUAACAUCCCCCUUUAAAAACCAGUCUGUUUCUCUAAAUCACCCUAAUACAUGUUUUGGAUAGAAAACUUAAUUACAAAGGAACGUGUAACUGGGGAGUGGGAAACCUGUUUGCCUUGUACUUUCUCCAUUACUGUUGCUGCUAGUUGUAUGCAUCUCUAGCUCAGCUCUAACCCACAGCCACUCAGUCCUUUAGGUUUGGUUUCAGUUUCUCUGCCCGUACACCACCUACUCUGAAUUUUUCUUUUUUUUUAAUCUCCUUUCCUCUGGCGAUUGUGUGUUGGGUCCUUUUUCGCGUGAGCAGAUCGCUGGUUGACUUGUAAGGGUGUUUGCUGCAUACAGUGUAAGCAUUGUGACUGCAAAUAAACUUCAAUGGUUUCUACUGAA